CCAGCCACCCAACCCAUCCAGGCAACAGCCAUGGACCCUCUGGAGCAGGAAUACAAGUCUCCGUUUGACUUUGAGCAAGGGGUGAAUAGCAGCUACCUCUAUCUGUCUCCCAGCUUCAAUGUUACACCACCGGGCUCACCGCAAGUGACUGUCAGAGCCAGAGGUGCUGUGAGACCAGACUCUAUCCCAGAAAUAGGGGAGGAUGCAGUGACGUCAGUGACCGUGUCCCCUUCCAUCCCCACCCUGACAGAGGAGGAGCAGGAGGAGCUACGAGAGGAGCUGCUCAGGGUGGAGGAUGAGAUCUUGACUCUGUCUCAGGUGCUGGCAACUAAGGAGAACCAGUUGGCAGACAUCAAGAGGAAGCUGGGCAUCACUCCUCUCAACGAGCUCAAACAGAACCUCAGCAAGAGCUGGCAAGAGGUCACCACCUCUACAGCAUUGCAGUCUAUUUCCAAUUCCUUUGGGAACACGCCCACCUUCAAGUCGUUUGAGGAGAAAGUAGAGACUUUAAAGGUCAAGAUGAGCCCGGCGGCGUCUCAGGGUGACUUUGGCGACGUGUUGACCUCUACAGCAACCUCUGACCCGUCUGUUGUCGUGGAGAAACAGCCAGAGGCCACGCCCAUCGCCCUCCAGGAAGAACAUCUCCAGUGAGACCAGCCUGACCUUUCACCCCUGACCCCUAGCCAGAUUGACAUCCGCUGGAACUAUACUCUCUCUCACUCACACCUCCUCCCGUCUUCACCUCCUCUCGCUACAAACCCACACAACAGAUCCAACAACCAAAAUAAAUAAAUAAAAUGAUGAAAAUAUUGUUGUGACAACGUAACACUUAAGUUUGACUGUGUGUUUGUAUUAGAAUGGACGUGGUUUAGGAACCUGCACAAGGAGAAGACAAUACAUGGCACACAAAGGAUAGGAUGUGUCACAGCCAGGGGUGCUUUAUUCUGUGUAUGAAUAGCACAGAGCUCUUAUAUUUGCAUGUCUUUGAGUUGGAACAGGUAUUUUGGAGGGUACUUCAAUUUCCCAUUUUAUUCUUAAUCACUGUACUACUUUAAGAUUUGAUAACUAGAGAACGCAUGGUCCUCUUAACACCUGAAGUGAUGGGCUCGGUCUCAUACCAUUUAUUUGGUAACAUUACUCUCACCGAUAUCUUCAAACCGUGUCCAUCUCUGUCUGAAUAGCACUAGUAAUGUGGUGUCGAGCACAGCUGAGUAGAGUUAAUCCCAGAUCAGUGUUGCUCACACACUUCUCUCACAGUUUAACCACAGGGGGGGUGGUCUAAAUCUGACCUCCAUGCAGUUCAUAGUGCUCAACUCUGACAUUCGAGAGGGUGUGCCAAUGCAUUCAGAUCCGUGUGAAAUGGUGGUCACAGCAGCAGAUGCAUGGGUUCCUAUUAUGAUGUCAGCAGGCCUUAACUCUUCGUCCAGUCUAUAUCACUCACUGCCUCGCGUGGUGGGGCCAAAGUCAAUAUUGGACCACUUGUCUCAUUGGUAUCUGUGAGGGACUUGGCUAUUUUCUCUCUGCUUGGAAUGCUGAAACAGGAUAGUCACUGGAUGCUGUGUGCUUCUCUACUGUUGAAUGAUAUAUGAAUGGUAUUUUUCAAAGUAUAUCCAUAUAUAGUGUGAUAAUACAUUUUUGGCAUUUACAUUAUGUGAGGGGAUGGCUUCUGAUUAAAAAAUUCUGUAACCAA